AUGGGUCUAUUCUUAAAUAACCAACAUUAUCUUCAACUCAUCUUAUGCUUCUUACUCUUCCUUGUUUUCAAAGGUGUUUUAGUUUCAGCAGCAACAUUUACGUUUCUGAAUAAAUGCGAUUACACAGUAUGGCCAGGAAUUUACGGAAAACCGGAACUUGGAACAACCGGUUUCCAGCUCCCAAAAGGAACAUCCAGAAGCUUCCAAGCACCCACCGGCUGGUCCGGUAGAUUCUGGGCAAGAACCGGUUGUCAAUUCGACGACUCCGGCCACGGAACAUGCUCCACCGCCGACUGCGGCUCCGGCGAAAUCUCCUGCAACGGCGCAACAGCUUCACCGCCAGCAACACUCGCUGAAUUCACACUCGGAACCGGUUCGUUGGAUUUCUACGACGUAAGCCUCGUCGACGGUUACAAUCUCCCGAUGCUGGUAACCACGAGCGGCGGUACAGGGACAUGCGCCGUCACAGGGUGUAGUACGGAUAUCAAUAAGAAGUGUCCAUCUGAAUUAAGAACCGCAAACGGUGGCGCGUGUAAUAGUGCUUGUGGCGCGUUUGGGAAAGCGGAGUAUUGUUGUAACGGUGCGUUUAGUAACCCGGACACGUGUAAGCCUUCUGUUUAUUCAGAAAUGUUUAAAUCGGCGUGUCCUAAAUCUUAUAGCUACGCUUAUGAUGAUGCAACUAGCACUUUUACUUGUUCUGGUGCUGAUUAUACAAUCACAUUUUGUCCUUCUUCUACACCUAGUUUAAAGUCAGCUACGGAUUCGGAUUCUGGUUCUAAUAAUACGAAGGAAACGGGUAAUACAGGUUCGGAGAGUGGCUCGGAGCAAUCAGAACUGGCUUCAGCUUCGUGGAUGGCUUAUAUGGCUACGGCGUCUGAUGCUUCUACGAUAAGUAGAACUUCAAUGGUUUCUUUGUUGUUGGUGGUUGGUUUUAUUUUUAAUGUUUUAGUGUUUCAUUGA